AUGUCUAUUCACACGCAAAACAACAAUUUCGAGUACUUGCAUGAUGGGAGAAAAGAGACCAAGUCUUGUUUAAGCUUUUGCUCAUCCAACGAUAGCAUCAGUCAAAAAACAGGUUCCGGAUGGUUUAUUUCAGCGUUUCUAAUCGUCAACGCUUCAAUAGGGUCCGGACUUCUAAACUACCCUAUAGCUUUCUACCAGGCGGGUGGGAUCUUGACGGCUGUGAUAGUCCAGUCGUUUUUCCUGGUGUUUGUCGUGCUGACGCUGCUCACCCUUGGCUACUGUUCUGACAUCAAGGGAAGUAACACCUACCAAGACGUGGUUCUCUCCCUGUGUGGCCGUAAAGCCCAGCUGGCCUGUGCUGUUUGUGUUCUGCUCUACAGUUUGGGAACUUGCAUCACUUAUCUGAUUCUAAUUGGGGAUCAAUGGGAAUUACUUUUCCUAAAUGUAGCUUAUGACUUUUACUGCAGUACAGCGCCCGUCUACAUGACAAGAGCUUUCGUUAUCUCAGCCACGUCUAUAGCCUUUAUACUGCCGUUAUGUUUUCCUAGAAGAAUCGACUUUUUACGUUAUACCAGUAUCAUUGGCGUGCUGGGUCUACUCUAUGUGGUCGGUCUAAUUGCCGCAAAAUAUUUUCUACCCCAUGAAAAUCCGGGAGCUAUUAUCCAAGGGCCACAUACAUGGAUGGAUAUUUUUCUUGCUGUCCCUAACAUCUGCUUUGCCUAUCAGUGUCAUAUCAGUAUAAUCCCCGUCUACUCCUGUCUUGACAAACGUGACUUGAGAGAGUUCUCUAAAACAGUAACACUUGCCAUGAUAUUGUGUGUACUUAUCUACACCGUCACUGCAGCUUUGGGAUAUCUACAGUUCGGUGACAGUAUCACAAAUGACAUACUGCUGUCGUUUAACCCAACAGCUGCGGUGAUGGUGGCUGUCGUUUUUGUGGUUGUCAAGGCUUACACCACCUACCCUAUUCAUUGCUUCUGUGGCAAAGCCGCCUUCGAUACGGUGUGGAAAAUGGUGUGGCACAUGAGCCCGGAGGAAAUCAUCCACAGAGAAAACAACCGACACAUCGCAACCACAUGUGUGUGGUUCACCUUGACCCUGCUGUUGUCCAUCUUCAUUCCCAAUAUAGGCGUGGUCAUUCAGAUCCUGGGAGCGUUAGCGGCCGUUUUUAUUUUUGUGUUUCCAGGUUUGUGUUUGUUUAAGGUUACACAGACUAAAAUAGAUUUCGAAGAGAAACAACCAACGCAGAUUUACGUGUUAAGAGCGAUGGCAAUCGUCUUCCUUAUCGUUGGUGUUUUUAUCUUUGGACUGACAUUAUCGCAGGCUGUUAUAAAAGACAUUCAAGGUGUCAAGCCAGAUUCUUCCAAGUUCACUUGCAGAUGA